ACCACCGACAGAUUCCCGCAGAUUCGACAGCGAUCGUCCCGAUGUGACUAACGUGCCCGGGCUGACCGAAACAUUUGCCUAACCGCCUUCUGUGGGAUAUUGGAGACGAUAAUGCUGGAUGGUUGCCCUCAUGAGAUUCACCAGAGACAUAUGCAGACUGUUGGGACUCGGCAGCGCGCCCGCUGUCCAGCAGCAGCCCGAGGAGGAGGAGCGGAUGGACUACGCCGCUGCGACCUCUGACCCCACCGACGAUGCCGCUUUGUCACAGGAUGUGUUGAACGGAGAGGAGGAUUUGAGUGAAGGAGAGAAAGUGAGACGGAGGGCGGAGAGACGGAAAGCCAAGAGAAAGCGUCGGCGGAAACGUAAGAAGCAGGAACAGAUGAAGCAGAACGGCAGCAUGGAACAGGAUGACGAAGAGGAUGAUGGAGGUGCAGAGUCUGAAAUGGAUGAGAGCGAAUCGGAGGCAGAAGGCGGCGCUGAAGAGGAGAAACAGAAAGCUCAAAAAGAAGAGAGAAAAGAGGCAAAAUCACAGGCUGCUUCAGUCACACUGCCCUCUGGAUUCAAAGGACAGCGCAAGACCCAGCUUAGUGAGGAGGAGCCAGAGUGGGAUGUGAGCAGUGCCUUCUUUGCUAAUGCUGCUAGCCAUAUCAAACCCAAAGGAUCAAGUCGCAAGUCCAAAGAAAACAAGGAGAACGAGGCCAGAAGAGAAACAAAUGAAACUGACACCAUGACCAAGAAAAGUGCUUCACUGACAGAAAAAGGGAUCAAGCUGGUGCAGGAGGGGCAGUACGCACAGGCAGUCAGCAUGUUUACAGAAGCCAUUAAAUGUGAUCCGAAGGAUUACAGGUUCUUUGGGAAUCGUUCGUAUUGCUACUACUGCUUGGAGCAGUAUCUGGAGGCUCUGACGGAUGCCGAACGCUCCAUUCAGCUGGCCCCGGACUGGCCCAAAGGAUACUUCCGCCAGGGCAGAGCUCUCAUGGGCAUGAAGCGGUACGGUGAAGCGGAGAAGGCCAUGGAGCUGGUUCUGAAGCUGGACAAAGACUGCGAGGAGGCCGUCAUCGACCUAUUUGACUGCAAAGUGCUGCAGUUAAUGGAUCAUGGAUUCGAAGACGUGUCCACUUGUGUCAAACUGCUUGAGAAAUUUUCAACUGUGCAGGCUGUGCUGGCGUCUUGUUCUGACUUUUACCGACCUGGGAGCCAAGAUCCCUCAGUUCUGCAACCAGGAAGCCCGUGGCCUUCUCUGUGGGUGGGGAAUGUGACAACCGAACUAAGUGAGAAACACCUAUGGGACCUUUUUAAAACGUACGGCGAGAUCGACAGCAUUCGGGUGCUGCAUGACAAAUUCUGUGCCUUUGUGAACUUCAAGAACGCGAGCAUGGCGGCUCGUGCCAUGGAGAAGCUCAAUGGCUAUUGUAUUGAAAACACGCGACUGGUGGUGCGCUAUCCUGACCGCCGCACUCCGAAGGUCCUUCCACUUCCGCUGAAGACUUGUCUUCCUGUCACACAGCAGGCCGGAGCGGCGGCUGGACCUCGAAGACGGGGCCCGGUGAACGGAGACGAGUGUUACUUCUGGAGAACCACUGGCUGCCACUUUGGCGACAAAUGUCGCUACAAACACAUUCCCGACCAGAAAGGCAAGGACAGGAAACCCUGGCAGCCUUGAACUCAGUUUACACUCAGUAGGUCACAGAAAACUGGGAAAACGCCGAUUGUGCCAACGGAGCUCGUUCGUCCUGUUAACACGUGGGUUAGCCACUUUAAUAUUGCGAAGCAGACCGGAGUAUUCGAAGGGUCAGAUGGUUGCGCCGGGCCUCCAACGGGACGGACAGUCACACGCAUACCACAGAGGACUCAGAGCAUGAUGGUUUCUGUUCUACCUGCACAGCAGUUCAUGUUAUCCAGAAGUAGUCGGUAAAACCAUUUGAUGCAGUCUUUUCCUCCACACCAAAGUGUUUAUAUUUGCAGCCAUUAACGCCUCCCUCUGUAGGGGGAAACACGUUUUCACAAGCCCAUGAUGAAAUUAUGGCAGCAGUGAGAGUAAUCCUAAGUUCUUAGAUCAGUUUUGAAGGCCUUCCAUUUUUUAGAAAUUUCUCAAGAACGCGGCAGAAAAAGUUCAGUUUUCUAGAAAUUUCUCAAGAAAGCGGCACAAAAUGUUCCGUUUUCAGAGUUUUAAAUGUUUAACAGAGUACUGCUUAUGUGUCCCAUUCUUCCUCAUCACAUCCGACAGACCAAAGAAUUACCAUUGUAUGUAUUUCACAUUUCAGUACUUUUCCAUAUAGAUUUAGUUUUUAUUUCUAGCCAAUAAGCUGCAAAGACCCUGUUUGGGGGGCCUUUUUUUUUUUGUUUGUUUUUUUUAUAUAUAUAAUAAUUUUCUCUGGCCCCGGCCUUACGAAAUACUGCCUUGAAUGAUUUAAAUGUUUGCCUGAUUGUCAGGAGCCAUUUUCAGAGCUUGAUGCGCUGAGUGCUUCAAUAGAUUGCCAUCAAACUCUGGAACAGCCCGACAUGACUCAUUCAUUGGACUCGGGUGUGCUGAGUCAAAUGAGAACCGGCACAGCAAUGGCUCCCACCAGGCCGCAGUUGGAGAACACUUGAUUUAUACUGUAACAUGUAGCCUCAGUUAAAUAGUUGCAUAUGUCGAAACUUCACAUCUGGUGUUAAAGGACUGUGAAACUGUGCACGCCAAUGCAUGAAUGAAUUAGGUGCACUUUUUAAUAUCUGCCAGUGCGUCGGUUGGAAGCUUGAACACAUUCCUCGCGUGUGCGUAGAGCCAUUUCGACAAGUUCUGUCCUCUUGAUAGCGCUUGCGGUGUGGAGUAGAAGUCAAAUCAACAGUUGACGAUACUGCGCAAUCCGGUGACAAAUUCUGCUUUCCAAAAGGUUUUGAGGUCUCAGAAAAUCUGAGUUCAAGAGGUAUUGUUUGAAUUAUCAUGGCGGUUUCACCAUAUGUCUUUGUUGUCGUUGCGGAUUAUGCUGUUCCAGUUUGAGGCCUCAUCUCAAUUUGUCGACUACAGUAGAGCCGAGUCACGGCGUCGGUCUCUGACUCAGCUCCAAUGAGGAGGCUUCAACCAAUUUUAUUUCAGAAUUAGAAUAUUUAGCAUGUUUUCAGUAACAUUUGCAUGUCAAACAUCAGACUUUGUCCCUAUGCAAAAGAAAAGGGCCACAUCGAUCGUCGCCUCUGUGUCAAACACACCCCUCAUGUAGAAAAUGCUGAAACCUUGAAGCAGUGUUUUAAGACCUGUGGGCCUCCAUUUCAGUAUUUUCUAAGAAUCUCAGAGUCCGAUUAUUCUGUAUUUAAUAAACAAACAACCCCCCUCAAAAAAACAAACAAAACCUUAUAUUGUUAAAUUCCGACACUAGACGGUGUGUUUAAAGCUUCUCGGUAUGCGCCUGUAUCACCUGCUCAAACUAUUUCACCUGGUUUAUGUCCACACUACGUUCACUCUUAUGAAAACUAUGCACAACAACUUUCGCUGAGAGUAUUUAUUUUCCUAUUUAUACUUGUGUUUUUCUUUUUUUGUUUUUUUUCCCCCACAAUAUGCAGUGAAAACGAAUUUCACCUAAAGUCUUCGGCCACUUGGUGUCUGACUUCAUGACUUCUAGAAGCGUAUCAUAAAUGACACCAUCUGUUCUGUUUAUUUCUAGCGUUGAAGAUGAGCCUUGUUAACAACUGAGAAUUUGAUGUGAAGAGUCACAUGCCGCAGUUCUGCUUUCCUGCUUAAAACCCCCGUUCUGCGGCUCAGACUCGUGAAAAUAGGAAUCGGAGGCCAGAUGUUAAGACUGCACUUGUUAACAGGCUUAUCUGACCGGUGCUACAAGUUGACAGAACAGUUAUUUUAUAGACUUUAAAUAAAGCCAGCUUGAUUUUUAUCAGAGCAUGUAUUUAAUUUCACUGCAUCAAUAUUUCAGAUUGGGCAAACUAUUUUCUCCUUUUUUUUUUUUUUGUUUUGUUUGUAGCCUCUUUUUAUCCUGUUUCAAACUAUUUCAGGAUGACAUAUUUCUAAUUGUAAAGUUUAUAUCCUGAGCACUGCAAUUGUGUUAAUCUCCCAAAUAUUUUGUACUAUUGUUACUGCACUGCAGAAAGAGUCUUUUAUAUUUAAUAAAAGUAUUUGAACCAACGAAAAUCGGAAGAGCCUC